UUAAUUGCACGAUAAGCGGUUGGGUUAAACGACGGACUAACCAGCUACACAUGUUACAGCUGUAAAGCGGAUAGACCGGUUUAUGUCGUGCAACAGUGGUCAAUAUGACGAUCAGCGAUGGAUUGAUUCGGUCCAUUUUCAUCUCCGCGAUAUUCAGCCUGUCGUAUUCUGUCACGUUAAACGAACGGGGUGUAAGGUGGCUAGCACUGGGGGAUGAAAUAACGGAGGAUCAACGGCGGAUGGAAAAUAUGAAAAUAGUGAGAUACAAUACGAGCUACCCGAUAUCGACUACGUCCGAAAUUUUCUACAGUACGAAAAACGACAUGAGGAUAAAUUACAUCGUUGUAGCGGCCUCUGCGAUGAAGGGAUUCGUCAGUGUGGAGAAGGGGGGAAUUGGCCAGAAAUGGGUGACGAUAAAAUACACGAGCGAAAACGGAUCUCAAGACCAGUUGGAGGUCUUAAUCGAUUCUUACAAAAGCGAGCCAAGUUUGAUCGUCAAAGACAACUCGGCAAAGACUUUGACAACCGUGAUCGUUAUGGACGAAAUCAGGAAUUGGACCGAACAAAUUUUACGAUAAGUUGCAGAAACUUCUAAUACGAUCGAUGAAUACCCGUGACUUAUCAUUGUAUGUAUACAGCGCAAGACGUAAAAAGACCACGAUGCCUAUCGAUAUUGAUCUCUGCAAUUAUUAUUGUUAUCAAUGAAUUUCUUAUUUAUUAUUUAAUUAACGUGUUCUGUAUCGUAUACUUUAAUGCCAACGAACCAAUUUCUGUACAAUAUAUCUAUAGUUGAGAUGAUCAGAAUGUUAUACUUCGGCAAUAAUAGUUUUUGUAUAUCAAUGGAGAAUUACACUUUCUAUUUAGCACAUGAACAAUAAUUAUCGUGUUAAUUAUCCCGUAACCGGAAAUCCUAAUCUGGCAAAGUUACGUCUUUUUCACUUUUCUCAAUAAAAAAAACGCAACUUCCUCCCAGCCGUAGGAUAGAAGAAAUGAAUCAUAAUAU